ACCUGCAUUUAUAUCCCAAGCAGGCACUACUAUAUAUAGUUUAAUAACUCUUCUGUUUUUCAUCCUACAUACUGCUACUAUACUAGUAUCGCUCGUAGUUGUUAGUUACUCCUCUCAUCUUCAAUUCAAUUCACACAUUCCUGCAGGUGGCGUUGCUGCUUAUCCUGUCCAACCUGAUUUCACCAAUGGCUGCUUUCCCUUCUCAGCUCCCACUUCUUCUCAUGAUACUCAACAUUGUUGUAAUAAGUCCAACCAAUGCUGGUUAUUGGCCGCCUUCCCCUGGCUACUACCCAAGUUCCAGGUUUAGGUCCAUGAGCUUUUAUAAAGGCUACAGAAACCUCUGGGGUGCCAAUCAUCAGAGUGUUGACAAUAGUGGCAUUACUAUUUGGCUCGAUAGCUCUUCAGGUAGCGGGUUUAAGUCCGUGAAACCCUUUCGAUCGGGCUAUUUUGGUGCUUCCAUCAAGCUCCAACCUGGUUAUACUGCAGGAGUCAUAACCGCCUUCUAUCUUUCUAACAACGAAGCUCAUCCGGGGUUCCAUGAUGAGGUGGAUAUCGAGUUCCUUGGGACUACGUUUGGGAAGCCGUACACGUUGCAAACAAACGUUUACAUCCGGGGAAGUGGCGAUGGGAGGAUAAUUGGGAGAGAGAUGAAGUUCCAUCUGUGGUUCGAUCCCACCCGACAUUUUCAUCACUAUGCCAUCCUCUGGAAUCCUAAGGAGAUUAUAUUCCUCGUGGAUGAUGUUCCGAUAAGGAGAUACCCCAGAAAGAGUGCAGCAACAUUCCCCCUGAGGCCAAUGUGGGUGUAUGGAUCCAUAUGGGAUGCAUCUUCCUGGGCGACCGAGGAUGGAAAGUACAAGGCCGAUUACCGCUACCAACCAUUCAUCGGAAAAUUCACAAACUUUAAAGCGAGUGGUUGCACCGCCUAUGCACCGGCUUGGUGUCGCCCGGUGUCCGCCUCACCGUUUCGUUCCGGUGGGCUGAGCAGCCAGCAGUACAGGGCUAUGCAGUGGGUCCAAAGUCACUACUUGGCUUACGAUUAUUGCAGGGACUACAAAAGGGACCAUUCCCUAACACCGGAAUGCUGGCGCUAGUAUAUUAUAUUAAAUCGAUUGGGAGUGAAAUUUACACAACAGUUUUCUACAUAAAAUUCAGUCCUUAAUCUCACGAGUGUGAAAGUGAAUGGAUCUUGGGGUGGCCUGAGAUGCAUCCUGCUUGCCUGCAACAAAA